CCUCUCGGUGGAAUAGCGGUUAUUGCGAAUUGCUGUUGUAUACGUGAGGAACGGGUUUCCGGGUUGUCGGAUUACUUCCUAGUACUCAGAAUUGAUUGACCUUCGUUUCGAAAUAACCUCCGUAUAUGUAAUCUUUCGCUUUUCUGAUGAGUGUUCUCUCUUUCGAGCUCGAGUUGAUUUUCCGGUUUAUCAACUGCGCAAAGCUGCUUUCGAUACGAUAUAGGGUAUAUAAAAGAUGAACGCAUCGUGGAUGCGACAAGUGGGUCGAAAUGCAGCAUGUUUUGCGAUUCUUGGGCCACGAUCAUUUGUUGGCGAAGCGAAUUUCCGGAAAACGUUAUCAACAAACCCUGGGGGUCCACCGAAGGUUCUUAUCACUGUAUUAUUUUGCGUCAUAUGAAAUCGUCGCCAAUGUAUAUUUUCCAGGUGCUCUCGGGCAGUUGGGACGAGGUCUGGCGAAGAUUUUGCGUGCCAAGUUCGGGAGCGAUAAUGUCAUCAUGUCUGACAUCGUGAAGCCGGAUCUUGACAUAAUGCGAAGCGGACCCUAUUUGUAUGCUGACAUAUUGGACAGAGAAGGACUUCACAACAUCGUCGUUACGCAUCGAAUUGACUGGCUGAUUCACUUCAGCGCUUUAUUGAGCGCUAUAGGGGAGCAAAACCUGAGACUCGCUAUGAAAGUCAAUAUUGAAGGAGUCCACAACAUCCUGGAGGUGUCCAGGACUCAUAAACUCCGCGUUUUCAUACCAUCCACCAUUGGUGCAUUUGGACCAACAACACCCCUGGAGAAUGUCCAGGAUUUCACCAUCCAGCGCCCUAGAACAAUUUACGGAGUCGCCAAGGUGCACACCGAGUUGCUUGGAGAGUAUUACCACGAACGUUAUGGACUGGACUUCCGUUGUCUUCGAUUCCCUGGUGUCAUCAGCUAUGAAACUGCCCCUGGAGGUGGAACAACUGAUUACGCUGUGCAAAUUUUCCAUGAUGCUCUGAAGACUGGUAAUCAUGACUGUUACUUGAAACCUGAUACAAUGUUACCCAUGAUGUACAUUGAUGACUGCUUGCGUUCUUUGACUGAGAUGAUGGAAACUGAUGAAGCAAAUUUGAGACAACGGACGUAUAAUGUUGCAGCAAUGAGUUUCACCCCUCAUCAACUGGCCAACAUGGUCAGAAAAUUCGUUCCACAAUUGAGGAUUACUUAUAAUCCGGAUUCUCGUCAGCAGAUUGCUGAUGGUUGGCCAAAAAUGUUUGACGACUCAAAUGCACGUCGAGACUGGGGCUGGAGUCAUGACUAUGACCUGGAGAAAAUGUGUUCCACAGUGAUCGAUGGCAUUCGAAGACUGCAACAAGAAUCCACUUCCGCACUUCCUAUUGACUACGACGUGGAAGUUAAACAAGCUUUGGAUCUGCACAGAUCCUCUGGAGAACCCGGAGAACAGAAGGAAAUCAUUCAACAGGCUGGACAAAGUUAGAAUAUCAAUUAGUUGAUCGGAUCAAUCUUUGAUUGACAAUCUCGGUUUUAUUUGGUUUUUGAAGAAGCUUUAAUUUUUUAGAAUAUUUUGAGCACUGGAGAGUUUUUCUAUCUGAGCUUUAGAAAGAAAUUUUAUGCACGCAUUAGAAUAAAUAGUUUCUAAUGCAUUUAUAUGAAAUAUAUAUCCAAACGAGAUUCAAGUCAUGAGAACUAAUGUCAAGCUAUGGUUUCCACACCUCGUCUAAUCAAGCAACAUAAUGCACAUUCAAUGACUAGAAUUCAGCAUAGCAUAAGCAGGAAUCUUGAUAUGUUUAGCAUAGAAUCUGAACUUCAGUGAAUUGAUACAAUCUUAAUUCAUUUAAAAGAGAAAAAAACAUUUUGUGAGCUAGUUUUCCCCCUCAAAUAAACCAAUUUUCUGGACUAAAGUGAUUUUCUUGUGGAGAACUUGGUAAAAUACAAUCAGCAUUUCGUACA